GCUAUAAAACCGAGCGCCGCGCCGCCGGGACACGAGGAACUCGCCCACGCAGCAGGCACGGCGUCCGGAGGGAGGCCCGGGGGUUAUGAGCCGCUCACUGCUCAGGACCUGCUAACGACGACAGGAAAGGGAAACAUGACCAAGUCGUACAGCGAGAGCGGGCUGCUGGGCGACCCUCAGCCGCAGGGGCUCGCGAGCUGGACGGAUGAGUGUCUCAGUUCUCAGGACGAGGAACACGAGGCGGACAGGAAGGAGGACGACCUCGAAGCCAUGCACGCGGAGGAAGAGUCGCUGCGGAACGGAGGGGAGGAGGAGGACGAAGACGAGGACCUGGAGGAAGAGGAAGAAGAGGAGGAGGAAGAGGAUGAGCAAAAGCCCAAGAGACGCGGCCCCAAAAAGAAGAAGAUGACCAAGGCGCGGCUGGAGCGUUUUAAGCUGAGGCGCAUGAAGGCGAACGCGCGCGAGCGGAACCGCAUGCACGGGCUGAACGCUGCGCUAGACAACCUGCGCAAGGUGGUGCCCUGCUACUCCAAGACCCAGAAGCUGUCCAAGAUCGAGACGCUGCGCCUCGCCAAGAACUACAUCUGGGCGCUCUCGGAGAUCCUGCGCUCCGGCAAAAGCCCUGACCUGGUCUCCUUCGUGCAGACACUGUGCAAGGGCCUGUCGCAGCCCACCACCAACCUGGUUGCCGGCUGCUUGCAGCUCAACCCUCGGACUUUUCUGCCCGAGCAGAACCAGGACCUGCCGCCGCACCUGCCGGCCGCCAGCGCUUCCUUCCCCGUGCACCCCUACUCCUACCAGUCUCCGGGGCUGCCCAGCCCUCCCUACGGCACCAUGGACAGCUCCCAGGUCUUCCACUUGAAGCCGCCGCUGCACGCCUACAGCGCCGCUCUCGAGCCCUUCUUCGAAAGCCCCCUGACUGAUUGCACCAGCCCCUCUUUUGACGGACCCCUCAGCCCUCCGCUCAGCAUCAAUGGCAACUUCUCUUUCAAACACGAACCGUCCGCCGAGUUUGAAAAAAAUUAUGCCUUUACCAUGCACUAUCCUGCAGCGACCCUGGCAGGGGCCCAAAGCCACGGAUCAAUCUUCUCGGGCGCCGCUGCCCCUCGCUGCGAGCUCCCCAUAGACAAUAUUAUGUCCUUCGAUAGCCAUUCACAUCAUGAGAGAGUCAUGAAUGCCCAGCUCAAUGCCAUCUUUCACGACUAGAGGCGCGUCCGUUUCACCAUGCCUGAAACGAACUCCCUGCGCCCACAGCGACUGUCCUGUUUACAAAAGGCAGCCUCUCGCUACCACUGCUGCAAAGUGCAAAUACUUCGAGCUUCACGUGAUAUAUGUAUUUAUUGUCGUUACUGCCUUUGGAAGAAACAGGGGAUCAAAGUUCCUGUUCACCUUAUGUAUUAUUUUCUAUAGCUCUUCUAUUUU